GAACAGCAACCGAUGUUGCUCCAGCAACCAAACAACCGAUUGAGUUCUUUCCGAGUUUGCAGGAGCAUGACAAGUCUCUAUUUGUUACUGUGGAAGGCUGCAACAAACAUUGCCUAACAGCUUGCUUUGACUGCAACAUAGAGAAACAGCCUCCCGUUUGCGUUCAGUGUUGCCCGAUUUGAGCCUUGAACUCCAUUUGUUCAUGUAUGUUUGAAGACUAGAGACAAUGUAGAAGAUUUAAAACACAAGUCAAGAUGUCAAAAUUGUGGUUUUAUUAGUGAAACAGAGGAAGCUAAUGUGUUUUUUUUUUUUAUCACCAAAAACAGAAAUCAGAAAUAGAGAGAUAUCAGAAUCUAUGGAUUUUAAAAACAUACAAAUUUUCGCAAUCUGUUCAUCGAAUAAAAUUAUGAACAGAUCCGACGACGUAAGAUGAAACACCUCUGUCUCAUUCAGAGUCUUUGAAUCACUAAGACGGUUACACAUCAUCAUAAGUGGCCCUAAUUGACACGUGAUCAUAAAUGUCCCACGUGUAAGUAUCCUCGACAACUGAGAGUCUCAUUCUGAUUGGUUACUUAACAUACGACGCGGAUCGUAAAGAUACAAACAAUCAUAACCGUUGAUAAGCGAAAAGAUCUAACGGACCGAAUUCUCUCUUCUUUGAGUAUAAAAACACAUCCCAACCUCACUAUCUGUAAAUCAAUCAAACACAAUCUCAACAAUCAAAAGUUUCAAUUUUUCAUUCGAAAGAAUUCUCAAAAUGGCUCGAACAAAGCAAACAGCUAGAAAAUCCACCGGAGGAAAAGCACCAAGGAAGCAACUCGCGACGAAAGCAGCAAGAAAAUCAGCUCCAGCCACCGGAGGAGUGAAGAAGCCACACAGAUUCCGUCCAGGAACAGUAGCUUUAAGAGAAAUAAGAAAGUAUCAAAAAAGCACUGAGCUUUUGAUCCGUAAGCUUCCUUUCCAGAGAUUGGUUCGUGAGAUUGCUCAAGAUUUCAAGACGGAUCUGAGGUUUCAGAGUAGUGCAGUCGCAGCUCUUCAAGAAGCAGCUGAAGCUUAUUUGGUUGGUUUGUUUGAAGAUACUAAUCUUUGUGCUAUUCAUGCUAAGAGGGUUACGAUUAUGCCUAAGGAUAUUCAACUUGCGAGGAGGAUUAGAGGUGAGAGGGCUUAAGAUAUGAAGAAGAGGAAGAAGAAGAAGAAGAAGAAGAAGAAGAAUGGUGUAGUUAUAGAUUAGCUACUUUGGGUUUUUGCUUGUUUGCUUUCAUUAGAUCUGUAGAUUCGAUUUUAUGUGUUUGUAGACUUUUGUUUAGAAGUGUCUUCCAGAUGUUCGAUGAAAUGCCCAAAUGAAAAUUUAAUCUACUUUCAUUUUCGUCU